AUGUUGAAAUUCCCAAUUUUCUUCUCAAUUUUCCUAAUUUCCAUUUCUCAAACUAAGGAUAUAAUUUUCGAAACUUGUAAAACCUGUGAUGAAUUGGCUAAAAUCACAGAUUUUCAAGAAUUCGACAUUCAAGUUCGACAAUACAUCGAGGUAGCCUAUUUUUUCUCAAAUUUUCAACAAAAAUUCAAAUUUUGCAGAUUUGCCGCGAGCCACGUACGAAUACGUGGAUUAUUUGCGACCGCCUUGUUGGGAAUUUUUGGGAUUUAUUGAAAAAAUCUAAAAAUCCAGCUGAUUCGUGCCGUCAAAAAGGUUAUUGUAAAAUCGUGACGUCAAAAUGGUCAUUGUUUGCCACGUCAUAA